GAGGGGGUCUCGGUGGGGCCUCCCCAGCGCACCCACUGCUCCCGGGGCAGCCAUGCCAGCCGCUCCUGAGUGUGGACCCUGCGAGCCCCGAUAGGGGUGCCCUGGGGGAGAGCCAGAGGCAGAGAUGAACCCAGCCCAGAAACCCGUUCCCAGAUAGCAGCGCCUCUUGGAUUUUCACCAAGGAAUAGUGCAUCGCCUAAAAUUACAUACCCUGUCGAUGUGGAUCCUACACGAUGGUUCAGUAGAAGACGUGCGGCGGCAGGAGCUGGGCCACUGAGGAUGAGCAGUGAGGAGGAGUUCUUUGAUGCCGUCACGGGUGAGCUGAAAGAGAAAACCAGAUACCGGCCAUCAUGUGGGGGCUUCGAUUCCGAUCAUUCUUCUGGGGACUUCUCCGAGGCCAAUCAGAGAGUGUCUGGGAUGAUUGACUUGGAUACCAGCAGAAGUAGUAGGAUUGGAAAAGUUGGGGAGAGGCCCCCUCAAGAGAAUGGAAUUCAGAAGCACAGGACCGCAUUACCUGCCCCAAUGUUUACCAGAAGCGAUUUCAGCGUGUGGAGUAUAUUAAAAAAAUGCAUUGGCUUGGAGCUGUCCAAGAUCACGAUGCCCAUCGCCUUCAACGAGCCCCUGAGCUUCCUGCAGCGCAUCACAGAGUACAUGGAGCACGUGCACCUCAUCCACAAGGCCGCCCGCCAGGCCCAGCCGCUGCAGCGGAUGCAGUCCGUGGCUGCUUUUGCGGUUUCGGCCGUGGCUUCGCAGUGGGAGAGGACUGGGAAACCGUUUAACCCACUCCUGGGCGAGACCUACGAAUUAACCAGGGAAGAUCUAGGCUUCAGGUUCAUAUCCGAGCAGGUGAGCCACCACCCGCCCGUCAGCGCGUUUUACUCGGAAGGCCUCAGCCGAGACUUCGUCUUCCACGGCUCCAUCUACCCGAAGCUGCGGUUCUGGGGGAAGAGCGUGGAGGCAGAGCCCCGGGGCACCAUCACCCUGGAGCUUCUAAAGCAUAAAGAAGCCUACACCUGGACCAACCCUACCUGCUGUGUGCAUAAUGUCAUCAUCGGGAAGCUGUGGAUAGAGCAGUAUGGGACCGUGGAGAUCCUAAACCACAGAACUGGAGAUAAAUGUGUACUUCACUUCAAAUCGUGUGGCUUGUUUGGAAAAGAACUUCACAAAGUGGAAGGGCACAUCCAGGACAAAAACAAAAAGAAGCUCUUCCUGAUCUACGGCAAAUGGACAGAGGGCCUGUGGGGCAUCGACCCGGGCUUGUGCGGGCCCCUCCAGACGCAGGAGAAGAGAGGGGACCCCGGGGACCCCGUGCGGAAGGGCAGGCCGGACGAGGCCCGGGAGACGGGCGGCAGCGACGUGGCCGACGACGUGCCUGACGUUCAGGAGACAGUGCAGGUCAUUCCAGGCAGCAAGCUCCUCUGGAGGAUCAACGCACGGCCCCCCAACUCUGCCCAGAUGUACAACUUCACCAGUUUUGCUGUGAGUCUCAACGAGCUGGAGAAGGGCAUGGAGAAGACCCUGCCCCCCACUGACUGCCGCCUGCGCCCCGACAUCAGGAGCAUGGAGAACGGCAACAUGGAUUUGGCGAGCCAGGAGAAGGAGCGACUGGAAGAGAAGCAGAGAGAAGCCCGCAGGGAACGUGCCAAAGAGGAGACCGAGUGGCAGAUGAGGUGGUUCUGCCAAGGCACCAACCCCUACACCGGGGCUCCCGACUGGCUCUACACAGGCGGCUACUUUGAGCGCGAUUUCUCUGGCUGCCCGGACAUCUACUGAGGGCUUGGAGGGUCCCUGGGGCCGGACGCUCGGCCCCACGCGGCCACGGCAGAAACCAGCUCUUCCCACAGCCGUGGCCAUGGAGGCGGCCGUGCCCUGAUGGAGGAUUUACUUCUAAUUAACUUUUGAUUGCCAAAAAUUUUACUACUGUUGCAGUCUCCUCAUAAAGCUUCACUUGAGAUCAUCACGUUUUCGUUCAGGUUUAAAAAGGAAAAGUCUUUACAGUUCCCUUUUAUGGGACAGAAAUCCGCUGUGGCUCGUGUAGCCGACAGCACCCCCGGCUUCGUUUGUGAAAGUUGCACCUACGGGAGGUGACAGGAAGGGCUCGUGCUCCUCCUCACAGCGCGGUGGCAAAGGGUUCCUGAGUAUUUUAAGCUUGAACCAAUAAUGGCAAAAGUUGAAUCUUGGAAAUAAUCUUGCAAAGAGCUUACGAAAGGCCACGAGUUGCUUUUAGAAUUAACGGUGAUACGGAAGUGAAGAUCAUCAGAGCACCAGAUGGAAUGGAAGGAGAGGUUGUCAGGUCUGUGUUUUGUACCGAUCCUCAAUAAUGUAAAGAUUACUUUUUGCAUAUUUAACUUCAAACUACUUGAAUGGUGUUCUGUGGAAGGGCAGGUUGCGCAUCAGUCAGCAGGUGUCUGCUGUUGGGAAGGAGGCCUUCCUGCUCCAGCCGGGCCGGGGGCAGAGGGCCGAGCCCUGGAAGGACCCCCGUCCCGUCCGGCCGCGGCGGCAGCUGCUGCUCCAGAGGCCCCGGGCGCUGGGACGCGGCUCCUGGCUCCGCAGGGAGCGUGCACUGAAACGCUCCUGUAUCCCUGCACGCUUGUGUUCUUGUUUUUCCCGGAACGCAUGUUUAAAAUGUAAGUGAAUCACAGCUGGUUGUGCACCGUGGGAGAAACAAAAGCAGAAUCUACUCACAGUGGCAAAUUAAAGAUAUUGAACAACAAACAGGUGUCUGUCUGCCUCAACGGCGUCCUUACCAGGCAGUGGCUUUUCUUUGGGUGGAGUCGACGCCGUGGGUCACGUACAGCUCUUCGGGUUGAGGACGGUCUGUUGUGCACGUACGUGUGUGCACACAGUCGCGUGAGGUGUGGGCACUGAGUCGGGGAUCUCUGAAUGAGGGCUUUAUCAUCGUGUGUCUAGGCUUAAAAGUUACCUUUGUAAUUAAACACUUUUUAAAGCGA